GCAGCGCCCAUGUGGAAGCUCACGACGCCACUAACUUCCCGCGCCAUGCCAAAACUCCCACUCGCCGCUGCCAGUACGCGCUCGUUUCAAUCGAAAACAUUCCAAGAGCAUGUCCAGACUGCCACAAUGGCGGACCGCACCGAACAAAUCCUUGCCGGUGGUCGACAUCUCUUUCCGCUCCUCCCCAAGGCGUUCGCAGGCGUCAAGCAGAUCGGUGUCGUGGGAUGGGGUUCCCAAGCCCCCGCGCAAGCCCAAAAUUUGCGCGACUCAUUGAAGGGCACCGAUAUUCGCGUGAAGGUGGGUCUACGACCGAACUCGUCGUCCCUGGCCAAGGCCCGCGCCGCAGGGUUCACGGAAGAAUCCAACACGUUGGGCAAUCAAAACGACGUGCUCGCUGAGUCCGACAUGGUGCUCCUUCUCAUCAGCGACGCCGCGAGUGUGUCGUCGUACAAAGAUAUUUUCCAGCGCCUGAAGCCUGGUGCGACUCUCGGACUGUCGCACGGUUACCUCCUCGGUCAUUUGGACUCUGUGGGCGAAUCGUUCCCGUCGUCCAUCAACGUCGUGAUGGUGGCGCCCAAGGGCAUGGGUCCGUCCGUGCGCCGUCUGUAUGUGCAAGCGGCGCAGAACAACGGCGGCACUGCCGGUAUCAAUGCUAGUGUUGCAGUUCACCAGGACGUGAACGGCAAGGCGAUUGACCACGCGUUGGGCUGGAGUGUCGCGCUUGGUUCUCCAUACUCGUUCCCCACGACCCUUCGAGAAGAGUACAAAUCGGACAUCUACGGCGAACGUGGCGUGCUUCUCGGUGGCGUGUACGGCCUGAUUGAAGCGCUUUUCCGUCAUUACGUUCAUGAAGGCAAGACGCCCGCAGAGGCCUUCCACGACGCUGCCGACAGCUUGACAGGGCCAUUGAAUACGCUCAUUUCGCACCACGGUCUGUUGGCGGUCUACGAAUCGUUCAGCGGGGCCGACAAAGAAGCGUUUGAAGCGGCGUACACGGCUGCGUACCAUCCUUCGCGCGAGGUCCUGGAAGAAAUCUACGACGAAGUGGCGAGCGGCAACGAAAUCCGAUCGGUCAACAUGGCCGUCGAUCGCCAAGCGCGCGGCUUCCCCAUGCUGGCGACAUUGGAACAUCGGUGGAUGUGGAAACUCGGUGAGGACCUCCGCCGAUCCCGCGAUCCUUCCAAGCUCAAGCUGCAUCCGACGACUGCCGGCAUGUACGUGGCCAUGAUGAUGGCCCAAAUCGACGUGCUUCUCGACCACGGCCACGGGUAUUCCGAGAUCGCCAACGAAAGCGUGAUCGAAGCGACGGACUCGCUCAACCCGUUCAUGCACGCGCGCGGCGUCGCGUAUAUGGUCGACAAUUGCUCGAUGACGGCACGUCUUGGGACGCGAAAGUGGGCCCCUCGAUUCGACUACACGCUGACGGAGCAAGCCCUCAGUGCCGGCGGCGACAGCAAGUCGCCCGCGGAGAAGAAGGAGUUGCUCGCCAAGUUUACCAGCCAUCGCAUCCACGAUGUCCUCAACACGUGCCUCAAGCUGCGUCCGGACGUGGAUAUCUCGGUGGUGUAAGCAGUGGGCAGAUAUUGAGAAGUGAUUCAUCCAAAAAACAUACCAUUGAUAUGCAUACGAA